UUUUUUUUUUUUUUUUUUGAGGAAGUAAAAAGAAACAAUUCCAUAAAGUCAGUGAGGCAGUAAACUGCUUCUAUGCACAGUCAUCUAUGGUUUUCUGUCAGAUGUUUGGAUUUACCUGAGGCUUUACAUCCCAAUCUGUUCUGGAGAGGAACAGUCCAUAUAUACUGCUCUCCAUGGUGUCUUCUCUUCUAAAGAGUCUGCUGCUAUUCUACAUAUAUAAGUUUUGCAAAGGAAUGUUUGCAAAUAAACUUGCAAAUACUAUAAAGAAAAAAGAAAAGAGCCAAAGCGAAAAAGAGCAAAAUAUAUCAGAAGCACGGAACCCAACUUUUUCAAAUACAUUGAAAAGUACUGUCAGAAAAAUUACUAAAUGUUCGUCUGCCCGCAAUUUAUCUGUUGAAGAGGAAGAACGCAAAACUGAAUUUUCUCUUUCUCCCACUUUCAGCUACAGAGUAGCUAUUGCUAAUGGACUAGAAAAAAAUAUAUUUUUUACAUAUAAUAACAAUAAAGAAGGGCUGUUUCAAGAUGCAUCUACUGAUAGCUCCAAUUCGGACUCAUUAAUUGAAGAAAAGUUGUACUACAGUGAAAAAGACCAACAUUUUCUAACAAUGCCAAUAAGACGAAACAGAAAGAGUCUCAAUAGCCUUGCCCCGUCUGAUGGAAGUUCAGACGGGGAACGCACUUUAAACACGCUAAAACUUGGAGCACUACGUAAAUUUCGAAAAUGGAAGAAAAGUCAGGAAUGCGUUUCAUCAGAUACGGAGGUUAAUUCAUGGAGAAAGACCCUUGGAUUAAGGAGCAAAUCUUUAGACAGAGCUGCUCGUCAGCAAAAAAAUGCACUUGAGCCAGGUUUUAGCUCAACAGGAUGCAUCAGUCAAACACAUGAUGUUAUGGAAAUGAUUUUUAAAGAACUUCAAGGAAUAAGUCAAAUUGAAACUGAACUUUCUGAAUUAAGAGGGCAUGUAAAUGCUCUAAAAGAAUCAAUUGAUGAAAUAUCAACCAGUGUAGAAGUUGUUCAAAAUGAAAUAGAACAGCUACGAACAGGUUUUGUACAAUCUAGAAAAGAAACUCGAGAUAUUCAUGAUUAUAUCAAACAAGUUAGUAACCAAGGAAUUAAGUUAAGUGUACGAUUUUUAAAUGUGCCUGAAGAAAAAAAUGAAAGCACAGAAAAAGUGGUCUACAAAAUUUUAAGGGAGAAACUGGGUUUUGCUGAUGGACAAAACACUAUUAAAAUUGGUAUUGCACAUCGAUUAGGUCAGCAUAGGGACUGCCCAAAUGCUAAGCCAAGACCAAUUAUUGUAUACUUUGAAACUCCACAGGAUAGGGACUCAGUUUUGAAAAAAAGUUACAAACUUAAAGGUACUGGCAUAGCAAUUAGCACGGAUAUUCUCAUGCACAACACUAGAGAAAAAAGGGAUCGAGGACUUCCAUCUUCUCAGACGUAUGAAAGCAUGGACAUUAAGCUGUCAAUAACAGAACCAAAAAAUGAACCUUAUUAUUGGGAAUCACAUGGAGAUAGUGACAAAGAGCAGGAAGCUGAUAUAAAUAGAAAUAAAUAUGCAGUUGUCUCAAAAUCAUGUAAAACAAGAACUGGAACUAGGAAAGGGAGUUCAGAAUCCACAGAUACGAAAUCUCUAGGCAGAAUUAUUGAUGGAGAUAGUUAUCCGGAUGCAACUCAAUAUGCUGAUCUUGGUUUUCCAUUAUCUGAUUAUGAUGGCCUUGAAAAACAAACAAAACCGUAUUCAGAAGUGACAUCUGUGUGGCUAUCACAAAGUGAAUAUUCAACUCCUAAGCUUAGCAGAUCAGAAUCUGAUUUUUCUAAACUUUGUCAGUCUUAUUCUGAAGAUUUUUCAGAGAAUCAGUACUUUACUAGGCCCAAUGGCUGUUCUCUAAUGUCUUCCUCUGACAGGGAACUUUGGCAGAGACGACAGGAAGACACAGCUUCGAACUGGUACUCAGGCUCACAGGAGCAAAAUUUUUGUCAAGAAGAUCACAUUUUCCAAGAAAGAAAUGAAGCAGAAAAUACUGAAACAGUUGAUAGUGGUGUUAGUAAUGGGAUUAUUUGUGCAUCAGGAGACCAGACUCAUUAUAGUGACUCACAACUUUCUUUUCAAGGUGAUAUUUCACCGUGGACGGAUUGGCAGAACUUAGAGCAUGCAACAGACUCUGGUCUUGACACAUCAACCCAGCAAGUUUUUGAUUAUGAUGUCAGUAGUCCUUGUGACCAACAAAUAGAGAACUAUUCAACAGAAUAUGAGCAGUGCCAAGAAACUGAAUUUCACUAUGAAGUUGAAAACUAUGAUCUGUCAUUCGAAGGGAAUUCCUCAGCAUGCCCAACCUAUGAAUGCAAAGAACAAAAUCAGUGGGAUAAUUCAUAUGAUGCAUAUGAUGUGGAAAAUCCUAAUGGUAUUUGUAGCAGUCCAGAUAGAUCACCAUUGAUGUAUAGAAGUCAUAGUGAAAUACAAAGUGAUGAUUCUGAAGAAGUGGCUCCAAAGUCUUGGAGUAGUCGGCUAAGUGUGGAUCUUUCAGACAAAGGAUUUAGUUUCCCAAAAUUUGGAUCUACACUUCAGCGUGCCAGAUCUGCUUUAGAGGUGGUUUGGAAUAAGAGUACGCAAAGCUUAAGUGGAUAUGAAGAGGGCAGCUCAUCUUUCAUGGGAAGAUUUAGGACAUUAUCACAAUCUACUGCUAAUGAAUCGAGCACUACCCUAGACUCAGAUGUUUAUACCGAGCCUUAUUAUUACAGAGCUGACGAUGAUGCUGAAUUUGUACAGCAGACUGGAGACAAUGAAACAGACUAUGUUGAAGUCAUGGAAAAGGUAUUAGCCAAUUUGGAAAACAGAACCAACGCCAAUGAAAUGGAUAUGCAAAUUAUCGAUUAUGAAGCCUCCUAUGAGGCAUGCACUACAAUAUUUUAUGACGAGGAUUAUGAUAUACAGUAUGAUAAUCAGGUUACUGAAGGAGUUGUGGAGUCCAGUGGAAUAAUUGAUGCAACUCAUAUAGAGGAAGAUGAAAAUCAAAACAUUCCAGAGAAAAUAGAGGCUCCAAUUAAAAAGAAAAUCCGACCUACAUUUAAAGAUGCAGCUGUAAAAGCAUACAAGAAGCAAAUGAUCGAACUUGAAGAGAAGAUGUUUGCUGGAGAUAGCAAUUCUGUGGAUAAACAGACACGACUUGUCUGUGGAAGUGCCUUGGAUUCUUCUGCUCUUUAUGGGAUACAGACAUCUGGAGGGCCCGGAAGUGCACUUUAUGGGAUUGACAGCAUGCCUGAUCUACGGCGAAAGAAAACUGUGCCCCUUGUCAGGGAUGUGGCCAUGACUCUAGCUGCCCGAAAAGCUGGACUGUCUUUUGCAAUGGUCACGAGGACAUCACUGAAUAAUGAGGAACUAAAAAUGCAUGUAUUCAAGAAAACUCUACAGGCUCUUAUCUACCCAAUUUCUUCUACAACACCUCACAACUUUGAAGUCUGGACAGCUACAACCCCUACUUAUUGCUACGAGUGUGAAGGGCUUCUCUGGGGUAUUGCAAGGCAAGGCAUGAAAUGUACAGAAUGUGGUGUGAAAUGCCAUGAAAAGUGCCAGGACCUUCUCAAUGCCGACUGCUUACAACAUGCAGCUGAGAAAAGUUCAAAGCAUGGUGCAGAAGACAAAACCCAGAAUAUCAUCACAGCCAUGAAAGAAAGAAUGAAGAUAAGAGAGAAAAACAGACCAGAGGUGUUUGAACUUAUUCAGGAAAUGUUUCUGGUGCAAAAGGACAGCUUUGUGCAGCAUAUAAAGGCAGCAAAGCAAAAUGUGUUGGAUGGAACAUCAAAAUGGUCUGCUAAAAUAUCUAUUACUGUUGUUUGUGCCCAAGGUUUACAAGCGAAGGACAAAACUGGCUCUAGUGAUCCAUAUGUUACUGUACAAGUUGGGAAAGCUAAAAAGAGAACAAAAACUAUAUUUGGGAAUCUUAAUCCAGUCUGGGAUGAGAAAUUUUACUUCGAAUGUCAUAAUUCUAGUGACAGAAUUAAAGUGAGGGUUUGGGAUGAAGAUGAUGACAUCAAAUCACGAGUUAAGCAGCAUUUCAAGAAAGAAUCAGAUGACUUUCUUGGGCAGACCAUUAUUGAAGUAAGAACACUGAGUGGAGAAAUGGAUGUUUGGUACAACUUAGAAAAAAGAACUGAUAAGUCUGCAGUAUCAGGUGCUAUACGGUUAAAAAUCAAUGUUGAAAUUAAAGGCGAAGAAAAGGUUGCCCCAUACCAUGUGCAGUACACAUGUUUACAUGAGAAUCUGUUCCAUCACUUAACUGAGUUGAAAAACAACGGGGUUGUCAAAGUGCCAGAAGUGAAAGGAGAUGAAGCCUGGAAAGUUUACUUCGAUGACGCACCUCAGGAAAUUGUGGAUGAAUUUGCAAUACGAUAUGGUAUAGAAGCUAUUUACCAAGCGAUGACACAUUUUUCUUGCCUGUCUUCCAAAUAUAUGUGUCCAGGGGUUCCUGCAGUAAUGAGCACCUUGCUUGCAAACAUUAAUGCGUUCUAUGCUCAUACAGCUGUGGCAACAAAUGUCUCUGCUUCAGAUCGUUUUGCAGCAUCCAACUUUGGGAGAGAAAGAUUUGUAAAGCUCCUUGAUCAAUUGCACAAUUCCCUGCGAAUCGACCUUUCCAAGUACAGAGAUAAUUUCCCAGCCAGUAACCCUGAAAGACUUCAAGACCUGAAAUCAACAGUGGACCUGUUGACAAGCAUCACCUUUUUCCGCAUGAAGGUUCAGGAACUUGCUAGCCCACCAAGAGCGAGUGCUGUGGUGAAGGACUGCGUCCGAGCCUGCUUAGAUUCAACCUACAAAUAUAUUUUUGACAAUUGCUUUGACUUAUAUAACCAGCUGCUUGACCAGAAUAAGAAGCAAGAUGUGCCUCGAGAAGAGCAGGGUCCAACCAUCAAGAAUUUGGAAUUUUGGCCAAAACUUAUUACCCUUAUGGUCACAAUCAUAGAUGAAGAUAGAACUGCAUACACUCCUGUUCUCAACCAGUUUCCUCAGGAGCUUAAUAUGGGUAAAGUAAGUGCCGAUGUCAUCUGGAAUCUAUUUGCUCAGGAUAUGAAGUAUGCAAUGGAAGAGCAUGAAAAGCACCGACUUUGUAAGAGUACAGAUUACAUGAAUUUACACUUCAAAGUGAAAUGGUUCUAUAAUGAAUAUGUUCGGGAUCUCCCAGCCUUUAAAGAAGCUGCAGCUGAAUAUUCACUAUGGUUUGAACCUUUUGUGAUGCAAUGGUUGGAUGAAAAUGAAGAUGUAUCAAUGGAAUUUCUUCAUGGUGCUCUUGAGAGGGACAAGAAAGAUGGAUUUCAGCAGACAUCUGAGCAUGCCCUGUUCUCCUGCUCAGUAGUCGAUGUUUUCACCCAACUCAACCAAAGCUUUGAGAUUAUCAAGAAGCUUGAAUGUCCAAAUCCCGAGGCAUUAGCUCAUUCUAUGAGAAGAUUUGCAACGACUAUUAGUAAAGUGUUGCUUCAGUAUGCAGCCAUUAUAUCAAAGGAUUUCAGCUCAUAUUGUACAGAGGAAAAAGUGCCCUGCAUAUUAAUGAACAACAUCCAGCAGCUGAGAGUACAGUUGGAGAAGAUGUUUGAGUCUAUGGGAGGAAAAGAUCUGGAUACUGAGGCCAGUGCUAUGUUGAAAGAUGUCCAGGCAAAACUGAACACGGUACUGGACGAACUCAGUGCCAUCUUUGGUGCAAGCUUCCAACCGAUAAUUGAGGACUGUGUAAAACAGAUGAAUGUCGAAUUACAAACAAUGAAAGGAAAUGCUAAUGCAACAACAAAUAGGAAUAAUGCAGCGAUUGAUGCUGAGACUGUCUUAAGACCUCUUAUGGACUUCCUUGACAAAACCUUAACCCUAUCUGCUAAAAUUUGUGAAAAAACAGUUCUUAAGAGAGUCUUAAAAGAACUAUGGAAGCAAGUCCUGAACACAAUUGAGAAGCAAACCGUAUUACCUCCUUUAACAGAUCAAACUGGAGCACAGACAAUCUUUGGUGCUGCUAAGGAUUUGGGACAAUUAUCUAAGUUGAAGGAUCAUGUCAUUCGAGAAGAAGCCAGAAGUCUGACCCCAAGGCAAUGUGCCAUAAUGGAAGUCGUGCUGGCCACAAUUAAGCAAUAUUUUCAUGCUGGAGGAAGUGGCCUUAAAAAAACGUUCUUAGAGAAGAGCCCGGAUUUGCAGUCUCUUAGAUAUGCUCUGAGCCUCUACACACAAACUACUGAUACAUUGAUUAAGAAAUUUAUAGACACUCAGACAUCUCAAGGUCAGUCAUGUAAUGGAUUCGUGGGUGAAGUAUCAGUACAGAUUGACCUGUUUACCCAUCCAGGGACAGGAGAACAUAAAGUCACUGUGAAAAUUGUAGCAGUCAACAACUUGACCUGGCAAACCACUGCUAUGUUCCGACCCUUCGUUGAAGUAUAUGCACUAGGACCAAACCUUAAUGACAAGAAACGAAAAUAUGGUACAAAGACAAAAAGUAACACGUGGUCCCCAAAGUACAAUGAAAUAUUUCACUUCCUCCUCAGCAAUGAAGAUGGCCCAGGAGCUUUUGAGCUUCAUAUCUGUGUGAAGGAUUACUGCUUUGCCAGAGAAGAUCGCGUUAUUGGAAUGGCAGUUAUCCAGCUGAGGGACAUAAUGGACAAAGGAAGCUGUGCUUCUUGGUACCCACUUGUGAAGAAUAUUCAGAUGGAUGAAACGGGCUUAACUAUCCUUAGGAUACUUUCACAAAGAACUAAUGAUGAAGUGGCCAAAGAAUUUGUACGACUUAAGUCAGAUACAAGAUCUGCAGAAGAAAUGGCCUAAAUCCUGAAAUGACAUCAUACUCAUCUCUGACAAACUGGUGCAACGAUAUGAUUUGAGUAGUGCAUGCCAAUUUUCUUCUGUGGGAAUGUUCAUUUAAAUAUAUUGAAGUAUUUGCCAGUAAAUGCCAAGUACUGGUUUUGCAAGUUAUGUUAAAUACAUAUAUUCUUUUUUUUUAAUGAUUAAGUAUGCAUUGAUCUUUCGGACAGCUACUGUUCAGAAGUGCCAAACAUAUUAUUGAUUUACUGAAAUAUACUACCGAGGGCAGAUGGUUUAAUUUCAGUGUAUACUCAUUGCUAAUCAUAUUUCAUUUAUUUUUUUUUGUCUAGCACAUAUUUUGCUUCAUACAUGUAUUUUACAAUAUUUUUUUUCCUUUAUAAUGUAGUGACUCUGUCAUGUUUUCCAUUAUUUUUUAUUUAAUUUGCAUUUUCUUGUAACAUAGUAAUGAAUGCUACUUUUCAUCAGAAAAAAAUGUAAUUUUGUAUUUUCCUCACUCUAAACAUGAAAAAAAAAAUAUAAAAAUACUUUACACUUUGAUUACAAGUUUGAAAUAAAUGGUGGAAAUAUUUUAUGCUGACUUUUCCAGUCUUUCUAAUAUAUCACUGUGAAGUCAUAAUGAAAUAUAAGGCAUGCCGAAAGCCUUCCUUUUACAGUUUAUCAAUGUUUGAUAUCUAGCAACAAAGUCAUUUUCCAGAGCUGCCAAAGUAAUGCCCCAUUUGUAUGAAAGGUAACUCAUUAUGUUGAGAAAAUGGCGCGCCUGUGUUUUUCAAUUUUUAUUUAAGUGUUAUAAAGGGUUUGGCAGUUUGGAGUUGGGGUUGUGGCUUGUUUCUACAAUUAAAUAAAACUAUAUUAAAAUAUUAGUAUUGUCAGACUUUUCCAUAUGCAGUAAUAAUUGUUGCUUUACAUAGGUUGUAUGAUCAGCUCUUGUAAGUGCUACUUCAUUUUUUCAAAACUGUUCAACUGUUUGUACUUAUGCAGUGUUCCUAUGUACUGCACUGAAGCAAAACUAUAUGUCCUGUAAAUAUGUUCAGUGAAAAAUUGUAUAAUAAAGUACUGUAUGGAAUCAUUGCUCUAAA